AUGCAUAUCAGCAGGGCACAGGGCUCCCUACUGCUGGCUGGCUUCCUGACUUACGUGGUGAUGGGUGCACUCGUCUUUGAGAUUCUGGAGAAGGAUCACCACAAAAAAGUAAUAGAUACAGUGUUUCAACUGAAACAGGAUUUUUUUUUGAACUACACCUCUCUCAGCCCAGAAGACGUGGAGUCAUUCAUACAGAAAGUGAUAGCAUCUGUUCGGAAGGGAAUAAUUCCAAUAGGAUACGAAGCUCCUGAAAAAAACAGUGACUGGGAUUUCAGUAAUUCUUUCUUCUUCGUGGGAACUAUGUUAUCCACAAUAGGCUAUGGAAACGUCUGUCCCCAAACAAAAGAAGGUCAGAUCUUUUGUAUUAUUUUUGCUCUCUUUGGAAUCCCCUUCAACCUCAUCUGCUUGAACUAUAUUGGCUUUUUAGUCUCAAGACUCUUCGAAAGGUGUGCAAGGAAAAUUUGGGGGAGAGGAAAGAAGAAAACAAAAAGAUAUAUUUUCCUGUUUGUGGCUGUGGGAAUUGUAAUGUUUCUCAUUUUGCCAUCAUUCCUCUUUCAAUGGAUGGAGGGCUGGACUUAUCAUGAAGCUGUCUAUUUUACAUUUAUUACACUCAGCACCAUUGGUUUUGGAGACUAUCUAAUAGGGAGGAAGUAUGACAGGACUUAUUUUCCGGGCUACCAGCUGCUCUCAGCCGUUUGGAUCAUCAUUGGUCUGGCCUGGAUAGCUGUGCUGUUUGAAAUUGUAUCAUCAUUACUGGCACCUGCGGAUCCAAAAGCAAGCUCACAAAGGAGUAAACAGCAAAGAUAA